AUUCAUAAUGCACUAGUAUGUCUGAUCUAAACUCUUUAGUAAACUUUUGUUAAACAAAUUUUAACCUUUUGUAUAAAUACCGCGCUUCAUUUGGAGAUUUGAAACCAAAUACGAAUAUUGGCCUUACAUGUAUUUUUUUCGAACGUAGAGCGAGUAGUAAACGAAAUAUAUUCCUGUAGACAGCUAAUUUUGGUGUAAACCUUCAUUAAAUGCCAGGAGAUUCUACGAAUUACUUAUGUGACUAACACACGUUACUUAUCUGUGACAAAUUGGAAUUUUGUCUUUGACAGGGAGAUGUAUAUAUAAAGCUCGGUUUAACAUAUAUAGAAGAUAAACAUAGCAUGCAAGAAGAGAAAAUGAUAAAUAAUUUAACAUGAAGGCACUGAAAUUCUGUAUGUGUAUGAACUCAAUGUGUAAAACUUUCUUGUUUUGGAGUUAAACACGCUGGAUUUUAAAUCAUUUGUGAACUAGUUUCGCUAUUUAUUAUGGCUGAGGCGAUAUCAGCCAACGGCGAAGAAAACUGUUCUGAAUUAAGGCAGCCUGAGAAAGCACAAACUGGAGAGAAUGGUGUUACGGAAACAACAGGAAAUGGAAUAAACCAAUGUGAUGAUUGCGAUCUGGAAUGCGAGGACAUUGCUGAUGGGUUUAUAACGCAGUAUAUAUUGAGCCCUAAAGGGACCUACAGCCCAAGAGAACACGAAAAAGAGUCAUGGGGAUCUGACGUAGAUCAUAGAAUUGAACAGGAAGACCAACACGAUGCCAUAUAUCAGCUAUUAAAGAACACGACCCCAGGGGUUCGGUGGCGAGAAGGGCUUUUCUAUAUGCUGAAAGAAAACAAGUCCGAGGCGUCAACCCGCAAAUGUUUGGCGUUUCUUCAUUCAAAUGCCCUCAAUGGUAUAAAAGCUUUGGAGAAAGGACAUGGAGAAAGCGUCCAUAUUGAAAAUAACCCCGCCCCUAAAUGUCUCACGUGUCCUGAUUGGAUGAUGGUGAUGGAAGGUUUGAAUUUUGACCUGACGUCACCAGGGGCUGUACGUGACAUAGCACACGUAGACGUUACCGUAGGGAAGAAAACGGACACAAAGGUCUUGACAGGAUUUUGUCAUCUGAUGAAAGCCAUGCUAGAUAUGACUUGGACGAACUUACGGUCAAUUCCUUGUUUUGAAAAUAUAGAAGGACAGUGUUUGCAUGAUACGCUGGCAGCACUAUGUUCAGGGUAUGGAAUAGAAGAAUCAGAUCGCUGUGAAAUUGAAGAAAUGGGAAACAAGUACCCCUUUCUUAUGAAGUCACUUGGGUUUAGGCGCACAGAUAAACAUUCUCGGUUGCAGUGGCAGCGGCCGGACCCGGACAAAGAAUUUCAGUGUUUGUGUCUCACAUUUCAUGGACUAUUUCGCUCCGCGGACAAAAUAGAAUCCGUUUUAUGAGUUAUUUAUGCGCGGAGAUAUUGUAAUUCUACAAGAGUUGUCUUCCUUCUACUAUGUUUGGUUGUGGAAAUUUAAAGCGGAUAGCAGAAGCAUAUAGCGUCCAAAAUGUCUGAAGGCACAGCAAGACGGACCGCGAAUUAUUUCUCAGUAUAAUCUCCCAAAAGGCUCUUGGAGACGGAAAAGAGAGUUUCCAAACAGACGAACAGACAUAAUGCAGGGUGAUGUGGCUAUUUGCAAACUGAAUUAGGUCCAGUCUUUAGUUUUCUUCGUUUCGGACUUUAGAAACAUUGAAUAAACGCAAUGGUUUAUGAUCUCAUUUUUAUCAUUAUUUAUUUUCUGUUUGUUUGAUAUCGAAUCAAUGUCAUAUUGUAACAAAUACAUUUACUACCAAACAA